UCACAAACAUGGAUGAAACAGAACAACAACAACAAACAACAAUGGAAGGAGUAGCAUCAAUAGCAUUACUUCCAAACGGUUCAAUUUCAGGACACUUCAUUCAUCUUCCUCAUUCCACCUGUUAUGGACUUCAUGGCACUGGGUUUGAAUUGAUACCCUAAACCUAAUUUCUGGUUUAGCUUCAUUCUGUUCUCUCUCUCUGCCCUAAAAAUGAGUUCAAAUGCAAACUCUGUUGAUUCUGCUGCUGCUGCUAGCCCUAGUGGUUUAUUUUCUGGAAAAGAUGAUGUAGAUUCUAAGAUAAUGGGGCCAAAGAAUGUUACUGAUUUGGUUAUGGAGCAUGGUGUUUUAGUUGAUGGAGAAGAUAUGAUAAGUUGUAGAUAUUGUGAUGACUGCUUGUCUCGUGGGGUUUACGCAUUUUUACGUCACUUGGCUGGAACUGGAACUGAAAAUGAUGUUGAAGUUUGUGAGGGUGUUGGUGGUGAGGUGAGAGAGGAAAUGUUGGGGAUUAUUAGUGAUUUGCAAGAGAGUAAUGAGGAAGGGUGUGUAAGAGUUGGUGAAAAAAGAAAAGGGAAUGAAGUGGAUGUUGGGAGUUCUAGAGAUGAUUUGAAAAGGAGGAGAGCUGGAUCGCAAGCUAUCGUCGUCAAUAACAUGGUUAAGAAGACUUUGAGAGGUGAAGCUUCUCGAGCGGUUGCAAGGUUUUUCUACAACAAUGACAUACCGCUUGAUGCGGUAAAGAGUGAUGAGUUUAUUACUAUGUGUCAGUUGGUUUCAAGACAUGGGUUAGGAUUUGUGCCACCUUCUUUUGAUGACCUUAAAAGGGAAAUAUUUGGCGGAAGAAGUUAAGUUGACAAAGGAAGCUUUGGUAGAACAUAGAGCUAUAUGGAAAGGGUACACUAUAAUGGUUGAUGGAUGGACCGACCCAAAGAAGAGGAACAUACUAAAUAUCUUAGUGAAUAACCAGGAGAACAUUCUUUUUGAAGUCCGUUGAUGCGUCGAAUAUGUUGGAAUCACCUAACAAACUCUUUAAGAUGAUGGAUGAAAUUGUAGAAGAGGUUGGGAAGAAAAUGUUGUCCAAAUUGUGACAGACAAUACAACCUACUACAAAGUUGCUGGUGAGAUGUAGAUGGUGAAAAGGACUAGGUUGUAUUGGACACCUUGUGCAACACACACAAUUGAGAUGAUAUUGGAAGACUAUGAGAAGAUACCCAUUCAUGAAGAGACAAUUACAAAGGCUAAAAGAAUUUUAGCCUUUAUUCAUUCAAGGGCUUCUCUCAUUCCUCGGUUGCAGCACUUCACUAACGGAAUAGAUUUGGUGAAACAGGGCAUUACUUGUUGUGCCACAUCUUACCUAACUUUAGGUUGUAUUCAUGAGAACGAAGGAGCUUUGAGAAGAAUGUUCACAUCCAAGGAGUGGAAGUCCAGCCAGUUGGCGAAGACGAGUAAUGGGAAAUACGUCGAGGAUGUGGUUUUGGACACAGGGUUUUGGGAAAACGUCAUGAUUUGUUUUAAAAGUGCACAUCCCCUGGUUGAAGUGCUUUGUUUGGUCAGUUCAAUAGAUGAGCCAGCCACCGGUUCCAUUUAUGAGGCAUUGGAGCAAGCUAAAGAGGAGAUACGAAGGAGUCUUUCCAAAGGUGUCAUAGAAAGUUUUAUGCCUCCAUGGGAGAUCAUUAAUGAAACAUUAGACAAACAAAUCCACAGCCCCUUGCAUACUGCAGGCUAUUUUCUUAAUCCCAAAUAUCACUAUAGUCCUGGAUUUAGAGGUGAUAUUAAAGUUAAACGUGGUCUAGAAAAUUGUAUAACAAGGAUGGUGGCCGAUCCCGAAGAAAGAGCUAAGAUUGAGAUUCGACUUGAUGAUUUCGAUAAACGGGCAGGUUUUCUGGGUGAUCCCGUAGCCGUAAGGGCGGUUGAUAAAUGGAUUCCUUCACAUUGGUGGGACUCUUUUGGAUAUAAACAAUCAGAGCUAAAAAAAUUGGCCAUUCGUAUAUUGAGCUUGACAUGUAGUUCUUAUGGGGGUGAGCAUAAUCAGAGUGCCUACGAGAUGGUCCACGCUAAGAGAAGAAACCGUUUGAGGCAAAAGACCCGUAAUAAUGUUGUUUUUGUCAUGGUUAAUUCAAAAUUAGCUGAGGAAAAGCAAUCUUAAGGGUCAGUUGAGCUUAAAUCUUAAUGAUAAUGGAGACAUUGAACGUUUAGGUGUGGACAACUUGGAUUUGGGUUCGGAUACUCCAUAUCUGAAGUCUCUAUAUGAUGUGAUUGCUGAUUUGCGUGAUGAAUAUGCUACUGGAGAUUGAGAUGAAGAUGAAGAUUGGACGGAAGAUUAGAUUUUAAUUUUAUGGAAUUUCUAGAUUAAAAAUCGAGAAUUUGAUUACAUGUUAUUGGUGUCUAUGUCUUAGCACUUGUUAAAAGCUACUAUAGCCGACGUUAAUUUGAGACUUCUGAAUCGCAUAUGACUUUCUUAUGGGUUUCAAAUUUAAGUUUAAUGAAGUGUUUGUAGUGAUUUUCUUAUGUUUGUUAUUUUAUAUGAAUUGAUAUGCACGUA